AUGACGACCUCUGUGAGUGUCCCGGAGAAGCACGCCCUGACAACGGACAGCCUGAUUAGGCCCGUCUCUUUACUGUCUUCUGUUGAAAAAAGAAGUGCUUCUUUGCCCACUGAUGACCUGGUAGAUGAGACGGAGGAACAGUUCUCGUGGACAAAGUCCAUCUUUCGUCCAAACCACACGGUCUCUCAUGACCCUGAUGCAAUCGCGACAAGACGCUCUGUUUUUGAUGAUCCUGGCCUUGCGCAAUACUAUUGGCCCAAUAAGGACUACGAGAAUCUUCACAGAUUCGAUCCAACCGCUCGUUGGACGUACAGGGAGGAAAGGGCCCUGGUCCGCAAGUUGGAUUGGAGGAUUAUGCUUACGGCAGCUAUAGGAUUUUCCGCCUUGAACUUGGACAGGAGCAAUAUCAGCCAGGCAAACUCGGACAAUUUCUUGCAGGAUCUUGAAUUGACUACAGACGGCAAUCAUCCAGACUUCAACCUCGGAAAUACUGUGUUCUUGUUGGCAUUUUUAUGCGCAGAACUACCGUCACAGCUUGUCUCGAAGCGGAUUGGACCGGAUCGCUGGAUACCAACGCAAAUCUGUCUCUGGAGUUUUGUGUCUCUGUCACAAUUCUGGCUGACUGGUAGGACCUCAUUCCUGGUUUGCCGAGCGCUUCUUGGCGUCUUACAAGGCGGCUUUAUCCCUGACCUGAUAUUAUAUCUAUCUUAUUUUUACACGAAGACGGAGCUACCCACGCGCCUUGCCCUGUUUUGGAUGACUGAGAACUUCGUCGCCAUCCUCGCUAGUUUUAUAGCCUAUGGCGUGCUUCACAUGGAUGGUGUGGCUGGCAUUGCUGGAUGGCGGUGGCUAUUCAUAAUUGAGGGAAUCCUCACUCUGCUUAUAGGAAUUUUCUGUUUUUUCAACAUGCCCCCAUCUCCAACGCAGACCAAAGCAUGGUUCAGGCCAAAGGGUUGGUUCACGGAAAGAGAAGAAAUCGUCAUCGUCAACCGAGUACUUCGGGAUGAUCCCACUAAGGGUGACAUGCACAACCGCGAGGGUCUUACAUUGCGUCGUCUCUGGACAGCAGUGUGUGAUUAUGAUCUUUGGCCAAUUUACAUCCUCGGCCUCAUGUUUGGCAUCCCGAACAGUCCCCCCUCGACGUAUCUCACUUUACUACUUACGAACAUCGGAUUCAAUACAUUUGAUACCAACCUCCUUACGAUACCCUCUCUGGCUAUCGGAAUUGUCACUAUGUUUUGGAUCACGCUUGUCUCAGAGUCCGUCAAUGAACGUACGAUUGUAUCGAUGAUGAUGGACCUCUGGACAUUACCUUUCCUCGUUGCACUCUAUGCAUUGCCUAGCAAUCCUAAUCCUUGGAUAUUUUUCGUUGUGGCGACUGGUCUACUGUCAUAUCCGUGGGGUGGUGCUCUCGUAACGCCGGGGCAGUGGCAAGUCGAACAGUCAACGCGUCGUUGUACAACAUGUGUGGAAUUCUCUAUUUUCAAACCUGAGACAUACUCAUCUUCCGCUAGGUUCGUACAAGUCAGCGGAAUCGUAUCCGCACAGAUCUACGUAGCCAGCGAUGCUCCCAGAUAUCAACGCGGCAACAGGACCCUCAUCAUUAUCUGCUGCGUCAACAUCUGUAUUCUGUACCCAGCUACGAAGGUAUAUUACAUCUGGCGCAACCGACAACGAGCUAAGAUUUGGGAUGCGAUGACGACAGAGGAACGUGCCCACUAUCUGAGCACGACCAAGGAUGUUGGAAACAGAAGACUCGAUUUCCGUUUUGCGCAUUGAUGACUUGUUCAAUUAUGUAGAUUUGAUCAAUGCCACCUUGGGGUGCUGAUAGAGAAGCCAUUGUUGCGUGCCAGGAACCACGUUGGUGAAGGCAGCGUGGAAGUCCCCCUCAGACACUGCCCCUUCCCGAAAAAUACGCAGGCCUUCAUAUUGAUAAAAAAAGAAGUCUGGUCAAUCGAAUUCGAUAUAAAAAUAGCUGUAAGAGCCUAGGCCCGGG